ACUUCGGGAGAUUGUUUCCCGUCACUUCGAUCGCACACUUGUUUCUCGUCAUGAAGUUGCUACGGGCUAUGACGUCAUAAACUUUACAAAUUUGCCAGCAAAUGUUUUUACGUUCCUAGACAAACCGAAUGCACCAUUUGAAAAGCUGAUCCGUAGCGCACAUCCGUAGCCAGUCUUGUUUAACCACUGAUUUUAACUUAGAAAUUUGAUUUAAGUAUUUCAUGUAGUUAAAGCGACUACAUAGAACUUUAAAAUUUAUUUUAAGGUUUUUAAUACAAAAAAGCGAGAAUGAAAGUGUCAUUAUCAUCAGCUGAUGACACGACAACAAGCCAAUAUUAGCCAAGAGUAGCCGAGGAAGCCACAGCCACAGCUCUUGCGCUCUUGCUCUUGUGUGCAAGAAGUGAGCCAGUCAGUUUAUGUUGAUCACCCAAUGUCGCCCCGGCGUUGAUAAUCCUUCGUCGCGUCGCGUUCCGACGUUUUAAACCGACGUAACCUCAGCGAAACGCAAAAAGUCCGCCGCCGCUCUCAGAAACGAAGCCAUCUACGAGCAUGAACUGGCCAAAUUCCCACAACACCUGUUGCCGUGGGUGAGCCACGGACUCGAAUGAACGACGCCAAGCUCUUUGCAUCAUCUGACAUCAACGUUAAAAACGGGCGCACACUGAGGGGUUGCUGCCGGUAGCAGACGCCAGUGGCAGCGGCGUCUGCCGAUGUCGCACCGGCUGAGCCUGUCCAAGCUGACGGGCAAGCAGGGCCCUCCCCCUGCGGUGCCCGUCAUGUCCUUCCGCUACAAUCCUUGCGAGGAAGGCAUCGAGGAGCUCCAGCCACCCAGUGAACUGGCUGUCCUACCCAGGAAUGAAUCGGCUCCAUCCGUAGUUGGAUCCAUUGAAGUGGACCGUGCAGGGAAGAGGGCUGGCUCCAGGGACUCCUCUACGGAGCGGGGCACCGUGAAAGAGGGGAAGGAGGAUGCCGACUCGAAUCGUUUCCUCUCCCUCGCCGACCGAGAUCCUCUGGGUGUUUCCGACAUCAGCGAUGCGCCCGUACGAGUCAACUUGCUCCGGCGUCACUCCCUCGAGAAUCUCGCCACCGCCGAGACGGAUGCUUUGAAAGCGGAGUCAUCGCCCGUCAAGGAGUCCGUCAAGGAGUACCUCUCCAAAUUCGGCAAGCGGUCUGCCGCAGCCACCGACACAACGGCCGCCGGCGUCCUUCUCGUAGACCCCAAGCUUGUGCGGACGACGCCGGAGCCGACGGAGAAGUGGUAUUCGGGCCUGGGGCGCCUCGCCAAGCGACUCGAAGAGCGGAGGCAUCCCAGCGGCCGCCCCAAGAAGGAGGACGACACUAAGCUCGCGCCGCUGGUGGGAAAAGAGGACUCUGACGAUGAGGCGUCGCGGUCCGAGACGCCGGUGGAAGAGGGGCAAGACAUGGCGGAGCAGACGGAGGACGUCGCGGGGACGAGGUGCACGACGCUGCCUUCGGGGAAGAGGGAGGACCAUCUGGACCCUGACCUGGACACUUGGGAGUUUGUUGAACAGGUCGAGAAUCCGCAGAAGUCCACAACAGUUCAGCUGGGGGAUCGGCCCCCGCCCAGGUUGCCCCUCAAAAUCCCCGGUCCCAAUCUUGCGGCAGUCGCCAAGGCCGUGCUGGAGAGCAAUGGGAUCCUCAUGUCGAUGGCAGUGGGGGUCUCGGCGGUCGUCCUGCCCCUGCCCUCCUUCCUGAGCGGCCUCAUCGUGGGCUGCGUCGUCUCUCUCCUCGUCUUCUCCCUCGCCUGGUUCAUGUACGUGCCCACCCGGAGACGGCACCUCUUCGAGAUCCCGGACUACCGCAAGAUGGCUCCGCUGAGGGUGCCACACCAAGUGGGGGGCGACAGUGGGCGCAACGACGUCACCUCGUACGAGGGCUGGAUGUGCCAGCUCCCCUUCGAGACCGAGUACCACAUCGAGACGCACCACAUGAACAACACCCAGUCGGUGCACCUGGUCCUGGUGGGCUCGACGUUGCGGCUACGUCGCCCCAAGCACGCCAUGCCCCGCCGGGCCAUGUGGAACGAGAAGAGGCCGGAGCCCCUGUUCGUCGGCCAGCGCCACUUUAACCUCGCUGCAGCCAAAGUCAUGCUCCUGCCCGAGAAGCUCUCCAAGGAAAGGCUGUGGAACAGGAAGUACCCCAUCUGCCUGCUGGUGCCGUCCGAAGAGCACUACAGCCAGCAGACGAAGGAUCCCUGGGCGUCGCUCCCCGACAGCCCGUCUUGCUCGCCGGACGACGACCUGCCAAGGGAGUACCGGGACUGCGGCACCGCGGGCAGGGACGCCGCUGCCGCCAAGGACGCCUCCGCCAAGGACGGUGGCCGGGAGUCGGGCGCCAAGGACGGGCAGUCUCCGUCCGACCACGAGGUCCUUUACCUCUUUGCGCGGACGUGCCGGGAGAAAGAGGAGUGGUUUCGGCGAUUCCAGCAGGCCAUACGGUCUUCGAACCCUGACGCCAGACCAAUGAGGCCCCGGUCGUCGGACGACUGCGACGACCCGCCGCUCCCGUACGACUCGUACAUGAUGCAGCUGACGAAAAAACACCUGGAGCAGCCGGGGUUGCAGCACCGAGGCAGCGGCGGCCGAGCCAGCAUCACAUCGGCGACGGGAGGCCUUUCCAGCAACGUGGCCGCGUCGUCGCUGCUCCGCACCACGACCACGGCGUCUUCAAGCAGCACGCAGUGGAUCAACGUGCUGGUCGGGCGUCUCUUCUACGACGUCUUCACCUGCCAGGAAUGGUCCGACGUGGUCCGGCAGCGCAUCCAGAGGAAGCUCAACCGCAUCAAGGUUCCGUUCUUCAUGGAGGAACUCACGGUGACUGAGAUCCACCUGGGGUCGCAGCUUCCGUACAUCCGUCGCACCUCUGAGGCUGUGGUGGACAAGCAGGGGACGUGGGUCGACCUCGACCUCACCUACAACGGGGCCUUCCAGAUGACCCUGUCCACCAAACUCAACCUCAUGCGCCUCAAGAAGUCUCAGCACGAGGAGAUGCAGAGUUUCACAAUGAACCAUGACGGAUCGGAAGAGGAGAGUGCUGUGUCUUCAGAGGAGGAGGACGGGCUCGAGCGGCCAGAAUCCAGCACCAUUUCCAAAGACGCUCCGGCGGGCACGGGCAAGAAGCUCCUGGACCUGGUGGACAAGAUAGCGCAGUCCAAGUACUUCCAGCAGGCAACAGAGAACCGCUACAUCAAGCGCAAGAUGGAGGAGGUCUCCAACAUGCCCCUGGUGCUCACCGUGGAAGUGAGCCACCUGGUGGGCACCCUGGCGCUCAACGUGCCCCCGCCGCCCACCGACCGCAUCUGGUAUGGUUUCCGCACCCUCCCCAGGAUGGAGCUAGUGGCAAGGCCCAAGUUGGGCGAGAAGGAAGUCACCUUUGCAAGGGUCACCGAACGGAUAGAGAAGAUGCUCUUCCUCGAGUUUCAGAGGAUCUUGGUCAUGCCCAACAUGGACGAUUUCAUGAUCCCCAUCAUGCACAGUUACCUCCCAGAGUGCUGAAGUCUGCCGGCAACAUAUGCACGUGCCGGCCAUGUCCUCUGCUUGAGACUACUCCAGUUUUCAGACGUCCGAGAUUACUGGGCUUUCACGGCCGAGAUUAUGGACUUUGUUGGUCGUUUUACUAGUUAUUUUUUUCCCCCCGUUCACUCUUUUCUGGGUGUUUAGUUUUCAUGUUGUACUUAUUCUGUGCACUUCUUUUUACAGGUUAAUGUUGCGUCAAUUUGGCAGAAGCAUUUGUGAUGGUCUCGGUAGACUGCAACAGCCUGUGAAAGGCGUUUUUGUUUGAUUUGUUUGUUCUUUUAAAAUGAUUUUAACAGUCAAAGUGUCGACAGCUUCGUUGGGUCAGGUUACAGCAUGCAACACAUCUCGACGUGAAAAUUGAUGCUUCAUUUGGAAGGACUCAAAAGGCAGUUAUGAAGCUGGUCACACAAAGUAAAAGACGAAGUGAAAUAUGUAAUAGAACUCUUGCGUUUACAGAUUUCUGGGGGAAAAAAAAAAGGGGGGAGAUCAAAACUCUAGUCCUUCCUAUCGACAAUCGGCGGAUGUGAACAGUUUCAAGUGCUCGGCCAGUUUCUUCGAACCGUUCUCCAGGUUUUAGGUCUGACAAUGAACCAAGUCUUUCACAUCUUAAGGCGCCCAGUCCACGGCCAGGUACUCGUAGAUUUUACGGAACGCAGGAACUGCACUACAACGGCAGAAGGCCCGAUUUUCCAGUCGGCGGAAGCAGGCGCGUCACGGCGACGGAAAUGGGUGCCGUACUUGCGAGAAAGAUUCCGUCAAGGGGACGCCCCGCUUUACGACCAGGGCAGUCGAACGGCUCUUCUACCAAAGCAUUUAAAAGAAGCGAAAGGUUCGUUCGACUGGACCGGUCUCGCUUGGGCUAGUUCAAACACCUUGAAGGGCUGUUUGUGAGGUGGAAGAAAAUGCAGUGUUUAUAUUUAAUAUAUGAAUCGUCGUUUUGUCACUCCGUGUGUGCGCCUGUACAUAGCCGGUCGCUAGCUGCGUUAAUUCUGCAUUGUGCUCGGCGGUGAAAGGUUGCAAGCGUCGCGACGUUUGUUUCCGUGACCCCUCUCAGCGGAACGUGGUCGCACGACGAAAGUUGCCUCGUCCGGUCGUUUCCGUCCGGCACUUCGGAAGACGCAUAGACUUUUGAGAAAGUUAAAGGAAACGUUGCGGGGCACCGUCUUGUGUGUUGUCUCUGAAGCAUUGGUUUCUGCUAGUCCGUUACUUUGCGUGCAAUGUUCAAACAAAAUAAGAUGGCCGCCUCUUGUUUUUUCUGGGGUUCCUCUAUUUACUUUAGGUGCUUGUAUAUGUUAGCAUUCUAGUCUGCCGGGCAUGUGAACAACCAUGUACGAUCAAUGGUGGUUGCAUCAUUUCAAUACAUUGGCCGUAGCUUCCCGAAAAAAAAUGUGCAAGGGAUGUGUGCUACGGUUUUUGUACGACCUGGAUGUUUUAAGUGUGCUUAGAACGCUCCCUCCUCGGAAGCAUGCCUAAAUAAUGUGUUGGUUUGCAGAGUACACCGCCAAAAGACCGACCGAUUGACGCGACGCUAGUUCAGCUUGCUCCGCCCCCUUAGAGUCGCUCACCUACCAACCAUUUAUGCCCACCGAGAGCCACGAUUCUAGGGUUGCAAGAGCUCAACACAUUUUUCUCAACUUUCGAAGCGAAAGCCCUAAAGUUUGGUUUGCAAUCUUGUGCACGCGACUCACCGUCGGUUUAUCGACGUAGUAUCAGUUGCCUUUACGCCAAACGUGCGGUAUUGUAACGAACUAUCGACCAAAAACGUGUGCGAGCAUUGGAACUUGGUCCUAAAAGCCAACUCUGCCGAGGUUUUUCCGCGGGUUGCGUCUACCUCAAGGCUGCGUGUCGCAGGUCGCUCUUUGCGACCUCGGUACUAGAUCGCUUUAGAUGCUUUUAUAGGGAUUGCAAGCGCAAAGCCGCUAGUAACGAACUACGAAAGAAAAUAGAAAAGGCCAACUUCGAAGAUUUUUAAAACAUUGCUCUUCCCCGCCGGCUCGUGCAUAUCAGGGUCCGUCUCUCCUCCUCAUCGCCGCGGUUGGUUCCCCGCAGCUCGACAAACGCGAGGUGCCGCCGGUUGUGAGAUUGCUCAUCGCUUCGGAAUAGGUCCGCUUCCUUACCCUAAUGGUCACGUCGUUGAAAGUGCGCCUCGCAUUUCUCGGGUUGCCGGCAAUCGGCGGCGCGACGCCUCGAUCGUGUCGUCCACAAGUGUCCUUCGUCUGAGCAAACGAAGCAGUUCCCGCCGCCGUUGGCGAGCGUAAAGAAGUGUCCGCCGUUUUCAAUUUUUGUCUAGCUCCGGGUGUGCUCAAGUCUUUGUCCAAAUGUCCAAGUUUUACUUUUUUUUUUUUUUAUCGUGGGUAAUAUAUAAACGUUGGGUCGUGCGAGAGAUGCCGCAGUAUUUUGUGGAUGCAGCCGUGUGUUGGUACAGUAAAUAAAACGAAUGUCGCUUAUUA